CCCGUCUAGCGUGUAACUGGAUUAUUAGCAACUAUUAAUAAAUAGCUUGGAACAGGUUAGAUACAAGAAUCUGGAAAUUUUUGCUAUAUACGAAACGUUCGUCAUUCGUUCCCGUGGUAAUUAAUCCGCAAUUUACUUCGCAGUCGUAAAGCUGAAAUAAUGUCGAUCGACGUAGCUGACGAUAUACGGAAAAACAUGAUAAGGAUUGCCAAAACCAUACAACAGGAAUUUUAUGAACUUCUUCCUGAUUGGAAUAAAUAUGAAGCGGAAGAUUUCGACAUAUUACGUCAAUAUAUUGGAUAUGCAUUAGAUCGUAUUCCAGAAAAUAAAGAAAAAUCGACUGACGGCGACGAACAAAUACAAUAUAGAAGCAAAAUGGUAUCUUCGAUAUACGAUCAAAUAACGAAUUAUGGUAAGGAGUCGGAUGGGAGUAUUUUCUGCAGUGUCUUAUAUAACGUUACAUGUGAAAUACCAGAACAAUCUAACCAGACAGCUAACAGAGAGAUUAAGUAUAUUCCAAUUUUUAAAAUUAGAAAUCAUAGCAAAGUAAGUUCAUAUGACGAUCUCGAGGAAAAGUAUAAUAUACAAUAUGUAGACCACGAUGGAAGAUUAUACUUAAAUUGGAACGAUUAUUUGACGCAUAAUAAAUUGUUCCCUUGUAUUAUGGUAGUACCCAAAAAUGGAUAUUACGAAGCAGAUCUUGAAUUAGAUAUAACGGAAAAGAGUUCUACAGUAUUGCUUGCAAUUCAUUUUUCACCGGUAUGUUCGUUAAACACUAAAAUCGUUAACCACAUAGAUGUGGCAUCUAGCGUUUUAAGUUUCGGCGCUCUUGGAAUUACUGCUUUGUCAUGGUUUACUCCUAUCGCACCUAUGGUCAUGUUGGCAGGAACAACAGCGACAAGUUUUGGCGGUGUUUGGAUGUUUGGCAGAUCUAUACAUAAUUUAAUCGAUCGUAAAUCGCAUAAAGAAUCUGUUAGUCUUAGAGACAGAAAUGCAUUGUCAUCCUGGAUCAGCGUUGCCGGAUAUACAAUGGGGUUUGCAUUGACCAAGGGAAGUUCAAUACUUUCAAAAGUUGCGCAAACUGGUAAAAAUAUAGGAUUAGCUACCAGAGUAGCGUAUAAUACAGCAGUAAUUGGUAAUAUAUCUGUCAACGUCGCUUGUAUCGGAUUCAACGGAUAUCGUAUCGUCGAGAAGUAUCGGGAAAAGCGUAAGGUCGAUAUGGUCGACGUGGUUUCCUUUGUAGCGCAUGCAAUGUUUUUUGCUAAUACUGUAUUAUCUACACAAUUUGCGCAUGAUAUUAUUAAUAGUUCUCAUGGUAAGGUUCUAGAAGACUACGAAGCUACUUUACGAAAUAAACGUCAUCGUAAGGCGUAUAAUAAAAUAAAAAAUAAUGCAAAUUCAAAAGCAGAAAUAGUACGUUACGUUAGGAAAGUUCAAUCAAGAGCAGAGCUUUUCUCUUCCAAGAGUGGCAAUCGACCAAGCGAUAGUCAAUCAAAUGGUAAUAAACCAACCGAUAGUCAAAGAAAUGGUAACAAACCAAAGGAUAGAAAACCAAAAGAUAAUAAACCAAGUGGUUGUCGACAAAAUCAACCAAAUGGUAAUAAACCUAAUGAUAGUCAACCAAACGCUAAUAAACCUAAUAAUAGUCAACCAAAUGGUUAUAAACCUAAUGAUAGUCAACCAAACGCUAAUAAACCUAAUGAUAGUCAACCAAAUGCUAAUAAACCUAAUGAUAGUCAACCAAAUGGUAAUAAACUAAGCGAUAGGAAAGCAAGAGAUAAUAAACCAAAUGAUAGUCAAAGAAAUGAUAACAAACCAAAUGAUAAUCAACCAAAUGGUAAUAAACCAAGCGAUAGGAAAGUAAGAGAUAAACCAAAUGAUAGUCAAAGAAAUGAUAACAAAUCAAGGGAUAGUCGAGCAAGCGGUAGUCGACUAAAUGGUACUAACGCAAACAAUGAGAUAAAAAGUGGUAGUUUAACAAAUUGCGGUACAAACAAUAAGAUUACGAAGAAUACAUCAUUUGCAAGAGAUCAAAUAUACAUUGCAAAUUCGUUUAUAUUGGAUCCAAAAGAAUUUAUAAAUAACUUUGAGAAACUUCAUGGUUUGUCUGAAAUUGGUUAUUCAUUUUUACGCAGUAUCGAUGUUUCUAUUAUACCACUGACCGGUAAACUUUUAAAGUUGUUAACUCAUUACUACAAGCAUUGUCCUUUGUUUAGUAGUUUAAACGCCAUCCCAGAAUUUAAAAUGCUCCUUCAUGAGAUGCAGUCUGUACACGACGCGGAAAUGAUGCUAGAUAGAAUAUUUUUUCUUUCGAUGAAAAUGCUUACCAGAUGUAAACGACGCAACUCGUGGGAAGCCGAUUUAAUCAAAAUAGCAUAUGUUUUAUGGUGCUAUGGGAAGGCGAUUACGGUUCGAGUUUCGCGCCUCUCUCGACACUUUUCUCUUAUUAUUUUCUUCCAAAUUCUUCGACAACAAAGACUUGUGUUUUUCUCGAUCGUUUUGAUAGAGCAGGGAACAAGUGUCAAGAAAAACACAUCGAGAAACGCAUCUUUCAAAAGUAGCGGACAGGGAAGUGUACUGCGUCAAAUUCAAAGACUUUUGAUAGAAGAAAGCAAUUCGUUCGCGGUGGAGGGUGGCGAUCGAGUCAGAAAACAUCGACAUGUCACCCCUUUGCCCGUUAAAUACCAAAACGUCAAUGUCAGCGGUGACGUAACAAAAAUCGAGGUGAUGCUCGAGGAAGCACCGGACGACACCGUCCUUGCUGGGUCUAUACCCUCGGAAUUGGAUGCCGGCAUCGAAUUAAAUUCAACAUAUCCAGGAAUACCAGAAACGGGUGCGGUCGUGGUCAGAGCCGAGGAAGCUCUGAUCGUCGUCCUAGUUCUCGUCCUUUGGGUCGCAGCGAUAGCGUUAUUUUUUAAUCGAUGGGGAAAGAUCAGAAUGUUGGAGCCCUAUCAGCCAAAGUUUCAGCAACAACACAGGCAAAGCUGCACGAUGGUCGACAUGAACGCGCUUACGGAUCAUCCGGCGCACCAGGGUAGCUGCGUAGCCAGUAGCACCACCGAGUGCUGGAGGCCGAGACAGAACAGCGUCUUCGUCGGUUCGAGCAGCGCGUCCCUCGUCGCGGUCGAACAGGAGACACCGAGACGAGCCAAGAGCGCGUUCGACCUGCAGUCUCUCGUUUUGGCCGAGUGCACCACCGUAAGGAAUAGCGUCGAGGACGAUCGGCCGGAGAACGAGGAAGCGGGGACGGCGAGUUCGAAGGAAGCACCGAUGUUAACGGCGGCGCUUACGGAACCAUCGAAAGUGGGUCAACGCAGGACGAGCGUUUGUAAGUCGUUGGACAAGCCGUUGCUGCAACAACGCGAGAGGGGUAUGAGCGUGUGUCAGGUCGAUCGCGGAGAGUAUCAGAUUCUUCAGAGCAGAGCGUCGCAGAGAGAUCGAGGUAUGAGUAUCUGUUACUUCGAUAGAACGGACGUCUUGGCGAGACCCCUUCAGAGGGAUCACCGGGGCUCGAGUAUUUGUCACUUCGACAGAAUGGACGUGCUUGCGAGGCCAUCUUUCCGCGAUCGCGGCAGCAGCGUUUGCCAGUUCGACAGAAUGGACGUUUUGGCACGUCCGACUUCCUCCUGUCUCGGUAAGUCCCUCCUGAGAGAGAGACGCGUAAGCGUUUGCAACUUUCUCGAGAAGAACGAGGAGCCCGUGCUCCGAGCUCCCAACGUCCCUGCUAACGCCUCGCAACAAGCCUUCCAACGCUACGGACGAUCCAGCGUGAGCGACGUCGACAAAAUCGAGACCGCUCUUCGACCGACUCCAUCUCCUUCUCCCGCCUCGAAGAAGACCGCUCGGGAUAACAAGGACGUUUCCCCUUCGAUUCUCGACCGCCAAGGGGAGCUUCGCUCCGAUCGGGAUAAGGAAGAGAACGGCGGCAUCGCGUAUCUCUUCGAUCGACCGUCCUGCAGCAAAACGCCGGACGUUGUGCUAGGGUAUAAAGCGACUUGCGUUUAAAGGAACGCAACGUAUCGUCGCAACGUACUUCGUAUCUUCGAAGUUUCCUCUCGAAAGCGGCCGAACGGAACGAACUCGAAGCCUUUGCGUACUAGCAAUUUCCGAUGGAACGAAUCUUUUCCUCGCGAUCGAGUAACCUGGUAACGAAACGCAUCGGAGCCGAGAUCAU